AUGGACCCCACGGCGCAGGCGGCGAAGAACUUGGAGGAUCUGAAGCUCACCCCCGAUGAGGUCUCCAAGUUCGAGACCGCGUUCAAGGACCCGGAGUUCAAGAAGAUGUUCAUGGAGUACGCGGAGGAGAUCUCCGAUCCGAAGAACAAGGCCGAGAGCGAUCUGUACCUCAGGCAGCUCGAGCGCGAGAACAAGAUCGAGGCUACGUACGGCAAGGGCGUGCAGCUCGUGAUCCCGACGCCCGGGUUCGUCGUGAAGACGCGGUGUAAGAAGACGGACCGGAAGGCGUUCGUGAACAUCUGCCACAGCGACAAGUGCGACGACGCGACCAGCGUCCGCGUGGACGGCGGGCUCCAAUGGAGCGUCCCGCACACGCUCGGGCAGCCGCACGAGGAAAAGGACAAGUCAGGGAAGACGUGCGAGGCGUACGACUUUUGCGUCUCCGAGCACACGUACGGAUUAACGCAGAGCGACGAGCGGUUACGCACGAUGGUCAUCGAGACCGCGAUCGAGGCGGUGAACAAAGCGUACGAAGACGUCGACUUGGAGACCGCGUUUACGCUCCCGAAGAAGAAAUUCUUCGGCGCGGAGACCGGCCCGGGAGUGCAAGCGAUCAAGAGCGAGAAGAACAAAGAGAAGGAGAAGAACGCGCCGGGGCGAGGGAGGAUCGCGCCGCUGGCCGCGAUGGCCGGGAAGGCGGCGGCGGGGACAGCCCCGGGCGGGUCGAGCGAAGAGGGGAAAUCGAGCGCGUUUCGGUUCGACAAAGCCGUCGCGAGAAAAACCGUCCCGGCGAAGGAGCCGGACGGCGAGUGCGAGCCUCACUACGUCAUCGUGCACCGGGAAGGGAACAAGGACAUGGGCAGCCAGUUCGGGAACUCGGGCGCGAGCACGGAGGUCGAGAGACGGAGGGACACGCGACCGACCGCGAUCGUCGUGCGAGUGGACGUCCCGAAGAUCGACUCCAUCGCCGCCGCGGAGCUAGACGUGGACGAUCGCAAACUCUUCCUCCGCGUCGCGGGGAAGUAUCGAUUAGACCUCGCGCUGCCGUACGAAGUCCGCGGGGACGACGGAAAGGCGAAGUUCGAUAAGAACGCGAGGCGGUUGGAGGUGACGCUGCCGGUGAAGCCGAUGAAGAUGGAGCCGAUCGGGAGGUCCACGGAGCCGACGCCGGAGGCGGCGGCAGCCGCGGAGACCACGACCGCGCCGGCGCCGGCGACGAGCGGGCUCGUGACCGAGAUCGACGCCCCGUCCAGCUCCGCGAAGGAGGAUGAGAGCGACGAGACGGGGUACGUGAUGGUGGACGCCGCGGAAGCGAAAGCGGCCGCGUCCGCGGCGGCCGCGGUGCAAGCCGCGAAGGAGUUUGAGUCCAGGGGGGAGACGGAGAACCAACGGCGAUGGCGGGAGAUGCACGCGAAGCGGGACCCGCCGAAACCGAAACCGGCGGAGGCGGCGGCUGAGGCGGAGACGAAACAAAUCGUCACGGCGGAGAAGGAGGCGCCCGCGGCGGAGGCGGCUGCGGCGGCGACGACGACGGAACCGGCGGCACCGCCGCCCGCGCCAAAGGCCGCGACGAUGUUCCUCAGGCCCUCCCUCGCUGGGUCCUCGCUAGACGACGAGCUCGACUAA